CUCAGCCUACACAGACACCAGAGUCUUCUCUCUUACACAAGUCCACAGCAUUUCCACAGCAACUGACCAAGCUGCGUGCGCCGACGUCGUUUUGAGGACAUCCAUGGGAAUCCAAGCCGGUGGUUGGAGGGCAAUGGCUGGCGGCCUAGUCGCGAAGCCGUGCGACUCGUGCAAGAACUCCGCCGCGGCGCUGUUCUGCCGAGCCGACUCGGCUUUCCUCUGCUUGACCUGCGACUCCAAGAUCCACGCAGCCAACAAGCUGGCCACGCGCCACGAGCGCGUCUGGAUGUGUGAGGUCUGCGAGCAGGCUCCGGCGUCAGUCACGUGCAAGGCCGACGCCGCAGCCCUCUGCGUCACGUGCGACGCGGACAUCCACUCCGCCCACCCCCUCGCCAGCCGCCACGACCGGGUUCCGGUCGAGCCGUUCUUCGACUCGGCCGAGUCUAUCAUCGUCAAGUCCGCCUCCUCUGUCGACUCCCUCAAUUUCCUACUCCCAAACGGCGCCGUUCCGUCUCACACUAAAGACGAUGAAAAUGACGAGGCGUCGACCUGGCUUAUCCCGAACUUGAAUUUCAACUCGAAGCUCCAGAUGGAUAUUGCUCCGGAUAUCAUCAAGUCCUCCGAGUUGUUCCUCCCCGAAAUGGACUCGUUGCUGGAGUUCGAUUACCCGAACCCGAUCCACCACGAUAUUUCGGGUUCGGGUACGGACAGUGUUGUUCCCGUUCAACCCGACCCGUUACCGCCCCCUUCACUCAACAUCAACCGCGUCUCUGCCGAGCAAAAUUGCUUCGACCUUGAUUUUUGCAGAAGCAAGCUUUCUUCUUCCUUCAGCUAUCCAACUCAGUCGCUCAGCCAUAGCGUUUCCUCGUCGUCCAUGGAAGUUGGAGUUGUUCCUGAUGGAAACUCCAUCUCCGAUAUAUCGUAUCCUUUCGGCCGAAACGCGAGCCUUACCGUUUCGGAUCCCAGCGCACAGUUCUCGGCGACCACCGCGAACCAAGUGGCCACACAGCUCAGCGGACUCGAUCGGGAGGCUAGGGUUUUGAGGUACAGAGAGAAGAGGAAGAACCGAAAGUUCCAGAAAACCAUCCGGUACGCUUCGCGGAAAGCGUAUGCCGAAACUCGCCCGAGAAUCAAAGGCCGGUUCGCGAAACGCACUGAAACCGAAAUCGAGGCCGUCGAUAACAUCUACGGCUCGGCUCAGGGGGCCUUUAUUCCCGAGACAUACGGCGUCGUUCCGACGUUCUGAUAAUGAUCCUCUGCUCGAUCGGCAUAAUUUAAUUUCUACGGUCUAGCAGUGAUUAGUUGGUGAUGUCAAUUGUAAAUCAGUGUCUAUCCGAUAAUUUUGAUCGGUGGCUUAUGAGCCGUUGAAUUUGCAUGAGCAUGAUGCUGCGCUUUUGCAACUGAAUAUUACCCGCUCAGCACCCAAAAGCCCGUUUACCUUUUCGUUAUCUUUUAAAUUUCACAGGGGCUUUUUAGAAGUCUCUUUUCAUGCAAGUAAACCCUUCUUUCUUUUUCACCAAAAGAAAAGUGAAAAUAAAAUGAAAAUAAAAAAGAUCAUGGAUCUGUUUCUGAA